AUAAUUAAAAAGGUUCCGGAGAUUUUGUCGGUGGAAUUUCGUCCUUUUUCUGUACCUGGCCAUGGCCACAAAGAUUUCGGUCAUAUCAGUGCGGAAUUGAUUAGUGCCGGGAAGUGUAGUUGCAGUAGUGAGCGAGCUGGUUCGCGGUAGUUCAUUUCAAGUGCGGAAAGUUUAGUAAUAUUAUGGAAAAUACUCCGUUCGGUGCCAAUCACUUGCCCUCACAAGCUCUUGUUGUUUUGUCUGAAGCAGCCUCAGGAUUGCAUGAAGCCUUACGAAACCAACGGACAUUUCACAGCCGACUACCCGAUGCGAAAGAUCUUCACAACAUGUCUUUAGUUGGCAAUUAUGGUUCCCACCUCCUUCACACUUUCCACCCUCACCUUAUCCAAUCCCUAAACUCCAAUAUAUUAGGGAACAGUCCUGGAAACUUUUUUGCAAAUGAUCGGACGGCCAAGCCAAUCCUGUCGAAUUUUCAACUACCAUCUGCGUUCUCCCCGCCAAAGUAUAUUGGAAUAUCAUUAGACCAGGGACUUUUCAGUGGAAGUGGUGAAUCCUUUCGGACAGACUCGACAAGUCCUACGUGCGCUUCAAUUUCGCCUUUAACAAAAAAUGAUUCGCUUGAAGGACAAGUAGGCGAAUAUGACGGUGAUAAGGGUGAAAGUCCGCGAAGUAAUUCGGAUCCUCGAGAUUUUCGACAUGCAUUUGUAAAUACUUUUCCAGAUCCACAGAAUAAGAAUAAUGGUGGUCGCCGAUCUUCUGUGCCAGAAUCAUGUCCUGUUUGUGGAAUUCAGUUAUCCGUUGAUGAAUGGAACACACACUUCCUCUCAGAGCUGGAUAGGCUCUACAAGCUCAGUUCAGGAAUGGAUCGGUCAAAUAUACAACAAAAUUAUCUAAUGGGAUCCUGUCCGAAUCAAGACAACGGAAUGAGGACAAGUCACAACAGAUGGGAGACAUUUCAAAGGAUACGAACCAAUCGACAAAGUCGACUACGUAUAAAAGUACGAAGAAGAAAAUGCGGCAACGAUCUUUACUUUUUAGAAAAUCUAUUUUGUAAUUCGUGUCCAAUAUGUCGAAGGAAAUUCUCGGCGGAAAAUGCGAAAAAUUAUGAGGAGGAGCAGAACGUGAAGGAUGAAAUGGAAACGGUGGAUGUUGAAAGUUGUAGCGAUGACGUACCUGAUUCAGGCUCGGAUAUAAGCAAUGUUGGAAAAGUGGCCGGGGUUCUAUACAAAAGCGUAUGCCUUCUGAACAAAGACAGCGGAGAUGAUCCAAUCAGUAGCUGGGAUCCCAACUCACAUAUGGGUGCUAAAAAUGCAAGCGAGCUUUCAUCGACCACACCACAAUUUUACAACGCAGACUCCUGCGAGGACGGAGCGACAGGCGAGAAGGACGACGCUAACAAUAGCAAUAACGAUAGUGAUGAGGAUUUAGUUGUAGACGAUGAUUGUGUUCGGGUUUCGAGGAAACGGAAGCUGGAUGGUGAUGCUGGCGGAACAGACAACAAUAAUACCGAAGAAGACAGACAAUCCGAACCGCAGGUAUCCAGCACUGAUCCAACCGAAACAUCCAAGUGUUAUCCUGGCCUGGAUGAUUUACGCACCCGUUUAAAAGAGCUUGACCCCACACCGAUGAACAGGCCCAAAGAGGAGGAGGACUAUAAGUGCUUCAUAUGUAAGACAGGUUUAGAAAAUUAUUCGAAUUUCUUUCGUGGUCGAUCGUUAUAUUUUCACCAAAGUUGCGCCAACGUUAUGAGUAGCUGUCGGAACUUCAAGGCGCACGACAGUAGCAAUGGUAGCGUGUAGCACGGAGGUCCUACAUUAUAAUGUCUCAUAUCGGAUGGUGUAUAUUAUUAAAUUAUUAUUAUUAAUGAUUAUUGUAAGUUUAUAAACAAAUUGUUUUAAAAAUAAAAAAAAGAAA